CUUUGAGCCGCCUUGUGCUGCUCAGGUAAACUACAGUUAACAUCUGCGGCCAGCAGGGGGCGGCAGAGCCGCAGCCCACCGGAAGUAAACAGAGGCUGGAGCGCAGCGCCACAGGUAGCAUCAGGUAGCAUCAUGUAGCUGCGGCUUCCAGCGGGUUCUGCUGGUUCGGCUAAGUCUUUAUCCUGACUCGAAUAUGAAGCGAACAGAACCAACCUCUGGGAGGAACCUGUGACCAUGUGACUGUGGGCCUCAGUGGGUCAGUUCGGGGUGCUGUUGUGGUUCUGAGGUGAUGGAGACCUGGACCCCGAACCCCCGGGCCAAGCCGUUCAUCCCGAGGCAGCAGAGGAGCUGGUACCUGACCUGGAAGUACCGGCUGACCCAGAGGAGGAGCCUCCGGCGGUUCUGUCAGGCUGGCGCCGUGCUGUUCCUGUUCGUCACUGUUGUGGUGAACAUCAAGCUGAUCCUGGACACGCGGCGAGUCGCUGAUGAAGACGCUGCCGAUCAGGAAUACGACGUUGUUCCCAACAUGGAGACUCCUCGCCGGCCGGCCAGCGGCAGGAAGGUUCUGGACAUCGAGGUUUACUCCAGCCGCUCCAAGGUCUAUGUGGCCGUGGACGGAACCACGGUUCUGGAGGACGACAUGCGGGAGCAGGGCCGAGGCGUUCACGUCAUCGUGCUCAACCAGGCCACCGGUCAUGUGAUGGCCAAGCGGAUCUUCGACACUUACUCCCCCCACGAGGAUGAAGCCAUGAUCCUCUUCCUCAACAUGGUGACCCGCGGCCGGAUCCUCAUCUUUACCGUCAAGGAUGAGGGAACGUUCCACCUGAAGGACGCAGCCAAGAACCUGCUGAAGAGCCUGGGCAGCCAGGCGGCGCUGGGCCUGAGCUGGAGGGACAUGUGGACCCUGGUGGUGAAGAAAGGAGGUCAGGUGUAUGGAGAGAAGCACUCCAAGUCUCCAGCUCUAUCCACGUGGGGCGACCCGGUUCUGCUGAAGACUGAGGUCCAGCUCACCGCCGCUGAAGAGGCCGAGUGCCACUGGGCCGACACGGAGCUCAACCGGAGGAGGAAGUUGUUCUGCAGCAAGGUGGAGGGAUACGGCAGCAUCUGCAGCUGCAAAGACCCGGCGCCCAUCGAGUUCAACCCCGACCCGCUUCCCAGUAACAACGUCUUCAAUGUCCCAGUGGCUGUCAUCGCUGGGAACCGCCCCAACUACCUGUACCGGAUGCUGCGCUCGCUGCUCUCGGCUCACGGAGUCAACCCGCAGAUGAUCACCGUCUUCAUCGACGGAUACUACGAGGAGCCCAUGGACGUGGUGGAGCUGUUCGGGUUGAAGGGCGUCCAGCACACGCCCAUCAGCAUCAAGAACGCCCGCGUCUCCCAGCACUACAAGGCGAGUCUGACGGCGACCUUUAACCUUCACCCUGAUGCCGGGUUUGCCGUGGUUCUGGAGGAGGACCUGGACAUCUCUGUGGACUUCUUCAGCUUCCUGAGUCAGACCAUCCACCUGUUGGACCAGGACGACAGCCUGUACUGCAUCUCAGCCUGGAACGACCAGGGCUAUGAGCACACAGCGGAGGAUCCCGCCCUCCUCUACCGGGUGGAGAGCAUGCCCGGUCUGGGCUGGGUGCUGAAGAAGAGCAUCUACAAGGACGAGCUGGAACCAAAAUGGCCGACCCCCGAAAAGCUCUGGGAUUGGGACAUGUGGAUGAGGAUGCCGGAGCAGAGGAAAGGCCGAGAGUGCAUCAUUCCCGACGUGUCGCGCUCCUACCACUUCGGCAUCAUUGGCCUCAACAUGAACGGAUAUUUCCACGAAGUCUAUUUCAAGAAGCACAAGUUUAACACGAUUCCCAACGUUCAGCUGAGGAACGUGGAGAGUUUGAGGAAAGAUGCAUACGAGGUGGAGAUCCAGAAGCUGCUCAAGGAGGCGGAGCUGCUGGAUCACUCCAGGAAUCCCUGUGAGGACUCGUUCGUCCCAGACACGGAGGGCAAGACCUACGUCAUGUUCAUAAAGAUGGAGUCUGAGUUGGAUACGUCCACCUGGACCGAGCUGGCCAAGUGCCUCCAUGUUUGGGACCUGGAUGUUCGAGGAUAUCACAGAGGACUCUGGCGGCUCUUCAGGAAAAGGAACCACAUUCUGGUCAUUGCCGUGCCGAUCUCUCCAUACUCCGUGAAGAAACCAGCCGCCCUCGCCCCCAUCCACCUGGAGCCGCCGCCCAAAGAGGAGGCGGCGCCGGUGGAGCAGCUGUAGACCCAAACGCCGGCCUGGUCUGCCGGAACCGGAACCGGACAAGACACUCUCCUGGACCUUUGGGUCUCAGAACGGAGUCAGUCUGGAGAUGGAGUAAGAACUGGAACCAGAACGAUCCCAGUUCUUAAUAUUAAUCCUUCAAGCUCUGAACAUUUUAACAUUUCAGAGAGAAAGAAGCUCAGAGGAACUGAAAUCUAUUUUUAGACAGUUAGAACCGGCCAGGUUUUCACCAAACCGGUUUCAUGUUCAGAAUCUGGAUCCUGGAGGCCGGAGUUUCAGCCUCAACCUGCUGCUCAUGAGGAAUCGACCUCUGACCCACCAAGCUUCAAGAAACUACUGAACUCUGAACAUUUCAGCUUUUUAUGUUUUCAACCUUUUAUAUUUAUACUAAAGUUCUGAUUGGCGGAUUUUUAAAUGUUACAAUGACUUUUAAGACUCAAAAUUAUCCAAAAGAUGACAGACAAGAUUAUUUCUGCUAAAAGUCUCAUUGAAACUGGAACCUGGACUGGAUCUGGUUCUGCAGAACCUCCGCUUGGUUCUGCUCCGGGUUCGGCCCGGUUUCAGCAUCAGCUGAGGGACGUUCUUAACAGAACGCUAAAGUUUUUACUCUCUGUUUUGAAUCCAGACCGAAGUGAAACAUAAAUGGGACUCCACUGCCCUCUGGUGGCCGGUUGGUUCUGGUUCUCAGCUUUUAGAAACAAAGUAAAAUAAAUCCUCCCAUCCUGGAGGUGUUUUCUGCUUCAAUGAGGUUUUAGCAGUAAAAAAGUCCAGAUUUCUUUCUUUUUUUUCCAAUGAAAUGAUGUGAGGAACAGAAUCAACCGGAUCCGUUUUCAGGAGAAAAACCUUUUUGGGAUGGUUUAUUAAAUGUUGGCAGUGUUUGUUCCAGUUUAUAAGACAGCUUUAGGACCAGAUGUAGAAAGGAAAAAGUAAUAAAUAAUGUCCAAAUAUUACCAGAAUAAAAUCACAAUAAUAUAAAAUAGUCAUAUUAAUAUGAUAAUAGACAUAAUAAUGCUAGAAUAAGAGUUAAAACACCAUAAAACUUUAUGUUCAUAUUAUUUAAGCUUUUUACACUCUUGUGCUUUAUUGUCAUAAUUAAUAUUUUUAGCCUGGCCCUAAUUCUCCAGUUCAAACCUAAAUUAUUCAGGUUUAAAUUUGAGUCUUAUCUGAUCUGCAGUGUUACUGAACUCCAGUUUUUAUGUUUGAAUUUAUGGUUUUUCAUUUCAGUGAAGCAUCUCAGUGACUCGUCUUGGGUUGAACGUCUCAGAUGUUUUAUUUCUCUGACUGAAUAAAGAUGUUUUUACAUUUUUUAAUGUUGAAA